GAAAUUAAUUCCCUGAUGAGAGCAAACUUCAAGUUCGAAAUGAAAUCAAUGAGAUCGGAUGUUGAAUUAUAAAUUUAUAAUGAUUGAAUAGUCAAUCUCUUUUGGUAGUUUUGGUGGUUUUAUUGGGUGUUUUUUGAGUUGCCUACCGUAGGAUUUCGUAGGAAAAAUCAAAAGAGAUCCUAUCCUACUUACUCCGUUUCUUCUUUCAACUUCAAUAUUUACCGUUACCCCUCAUUCCUCAUGUCAGUUAUCGCUUUUCGCUUAUCACUAACACAAUCAAUUGCACGUUUGACGUUUGAUACUUAUAGGUACGUUUGAUGCUAGCUGUUGCAAAAUAACUUUCGUACGGUGAAUGUUGAAAAACUCAUGCUGUAGACUAUACGAAACCACAUCCCGUUUCCAUCUCAAGAAUAAGGAAUUUACACGAUGUGGCGUCAAUUUGACGUACGAAUUGGCCAGUUCCUUCUGACCUGUCCAUUUUGUGAACAAGAAUUCAACUCGUUAGCAGAUAGCUUCGAACACGUGCUGAAGCACUUGACGUUGGAUAAAUUACAUCAAGCGAAACUUAUCAAAUGGUUAUCCCUCAAACUGAAUAAUCACGAUAAUGUGAAUGCGAAUGUGAAUCACGUUAGACCUCAAACACAGCUACUAAGAACCGAAGAAUUCAUCGUGAAUUUGCCAGUCAUCGAUAACUACACAAAAUGCCUGUUUUGCGAGAAAUUCGUCGUCAACAACAUAAUGAAUCACAUAUUCGACCAUUUUGAAAUUACCACCCGAAGAAUACUCAUCGAGCUGUGGUUUACACGAUUCCUGCAAUCGGACGCAUCUUAUCAUAUCGUUCAAUCUUGCUGCGAAUACAUAAACUCGAUAAAAACCCAGCGAAUAGAUACGUCGAGUUUAUUAGUUCAGUUACCGUUGUUCGUAAAUCCAUCAACGAAUACCUGCCGAUAUUGUGGAAUGGUUGCCGAUGAUCCAGCCUCGCUAUACGGUCAUUAUGUAGAAUGGCACAGCGAGUUGCCAGUAAAGUACCACUAUUGCAUUAUUUGCAAUUACAAAACUCGAAGUAAUGAAGAUUUAGCGGACCAUGCUCUGAAAGAACGUUUAAAGUGUCCUUGCGGUCGGAAAUUCCGUACUUUAGUUAGGUGUCUAAAACACGUCAAAUCCUGUGAAAUGGAACCGGAUGGAGUAUGUUGCCCUUUUUGUCAAGGUCAAACUUCGGACGAAAUGAUUCUUCGAAAGCAUAUUUCCAACGCUUGUAAGCCAUUCGCCGCUGCAAAUGAUGGCCAACAAUCUGAUAAUUUCGUCAACUUGGACGAUAUCAAAGAAUUUAUAUUGGAUGAACAGUGUUUACAAAUUGGAUUGGAAAUGCAAAAUUUAGAAUAAUAAGUGUUCGUCGAUUUAUGUUAUUUAUUAAUAGGCCUAUUUCGUAUGAUUGGUGGUCAAACUUCGGACGAAAUGAUUCUCUGAAAGCAUAUUUCCAACGCUUGUAAGCCGUUCGCCGCUGCAAAUGAUGGCCAACAAUCUGAUAAUUUCGUCAACUUGGACGAUGUCAAAGAAUUUAUAUUGGAUGAACAGUGUUUACAAAUUGGAUUGGAAAUGCAAAAUUUAGAAUAAUAAGUGUUUGUCGAUUUAUAUUACAUAUUUAUUAAUAGGCCUAUUUCGUAUGAUUGGUGCUGUAUUCUGCAUUCGAUGUGUGACGUUCCGCACUAUAUGCCGAAUGCGCGUGCGUAGUUUUUAAUACAUUUUACCUAUAGAUAUAAGUUUGAUUCGAGUUGCACCAUUGUAGUAGCUCUCACAUGAAAUACAUUGUUGUUUUUGCGUC